GAUGCUGUCACAUCGUGCUUGCGAAUUUGCAAAAUGCGUGCGAUGGAAUGCGAUAUGAAACGCAUAAGUGAAGAGACGCAUGCGGUUUUUCGCUGAGAAGGACGGGAUGUGGAUUGAUGUAAAUGAAGCUAUCGUCGUGAUGAGAUCGUUAGCUUCAAUGGACUCGACUUCUUGGAUCGUACAUUGUAAUUGAUACGGUAAUUGCGAGUGAAAUUUGCGGAACAUGGCGAUUAUCAAAAACCACCCGGGCGGCCGAUCAUCGAGCUGUUUGCGAAAGUAUCGGCUACUCUUCGUCUUUGGUAUAACCGUAUUGUGUGUCCAGAUUUACCUACACACAUUUUUUGGUCUGGACAAUGAUAGGAAUAAAUCCAACCGGCUGUCAUCUGGGGAGGGUGGCUCUUCUCAACCUGAGGAAGAUGAAGGCUUGCCAAAAGGUUUACGUCAACUAAAACUUCCACCUGACAAGCAGAUAAAUUUGAACAAACAAACACUGCAAUCUCACUUAAGAAAUCGCACUGCCCGAAUUAAAUUAGAUCGUAAAUCGUUAAAUUUUAUACCUAUGUGCGAAGUUAUGACCAGAGAAGCAGUGAGUGCCAUAACGCGUGCUCAGAAUCAAGCAUGCAAACAACGCAUUGUCAAUGUGACGUGCCUUAGCCAGCAAGGUGUAUUGUACCCGGAAAGAGUACAAUCUUUAUGUCCUCACUCUCCAGGUUUUAUAGGCAUGCCAAAGAACUUGGGCUGCUACAAAGAUGAUAAGACAUUGAGAGUGCUUUCUGGUUAUUAUCACAUUUUUAAAGGGAACAAUACCCCGGAGCAUUGCGCUUAUAUGUGUCUUCAAUCGGGAUUUCCAUAUGCUGGUACAGAAUACUCAAUUGAAUGUUUUUGUGGAAUGGAAGAACCAUUGCAGACAAAACGGUUACCAGAUUCUAGCUGUAAUAUGAAAUGUUCCGGCAAUCCAAAACAGACAUGCGGUGGCUAUUUAACUAUUAAUGUAUAUUGGACUGGAAUUCGAAGAUUUAAACCUCAAGAGACAAGAAACUCAAGUUUAAGUCGUGAAUCUGAACAACCUGUGCGAAUAGCCUAUCUGCUGACAGUGAAUGGCAGGGCGAGUAGGCAAGUGAAACGGCUUAUUAAUGUCUUGUAUCAUCCCUCGCACUUAUUCUAUAUUCAUGUUGAUGCGAGGCAAGAUUAUUUAUAUCGAGAAAUGUUAGAACUGGAAAGAUCAUGUAAAUUGAAUAAUAUCAAAGUGGCAAAAGGAGAGGGUUUGCGACACGCGAGUAUUUGGGGCGGCGCAAGUCUUUUGACGACAUUUUUGAAAUCGGCGCAACAGAUGCUGGCACAUCAGCAGCAUUGGGAUUUUCUUGUAAAUCUUUCGGAAUCUGAUUUUCCCUUGAAAAACAAUAGUCAAUUGACGGAAUUUCUUAGUUGGAAUAAGAAUAUGAACUUUGCAAAGUCACAUGGAAGGGAAGUUCAACGUUUUAUAUCGAAACAAGGUUUGGAUAAAACUUUCGUCGAAUGUGAGGCCCGCAUGUGGCGAGUCGGCGAUCGAAAAUUGCCAGAUGGUAUUCAAAUUGACGGUGGUAGCGAUUGGUUCGCUUUAAGUCGGGACUUUGUCGAGUACGUCGCAAAUCCGAAUCCCGAUCUGUUGGUAAACGAUCUGUUAAAACUGUUCAAGUAUACCCUGUUGCCAGCUGAAUCAUUUUUACAUAUUGUCUUGAGAAACUCGCGAUUUUGCAAUACUUAUAUAGACAAUAAUCUGCAUAUGACUAAUUGGAAAAGGAAGUUGGGUUGCAAGUGCCAAUAUAAGGCCGUAGUGGAUUGGUGUGGAUGCAGUCCAAAUGAUUUUAAACUCGAAGAUUUUAAUCGAUUACAAAACACGGAGAAUCGUAAUAUAUUCUUUGCCCGUAAAUUCGAACCUGUCAUCGAUCACAGAAUUAUCGACCGCGUGGAAGAAUGGUUAUAUCCCGAUAAAAUGAAUAAAACGGUCAGAGGUUUCGACAUGUACUGGCAAAGUCUGUAUCAUCACGCAGAUCUGAGUCCGCUACCGGAUGAUGCGUUACUAACGCUUUCAUAUUCUUUAGCAAGACUAACUUAUCGUAAAUUGAAGAUGGAUCAUAAAAACGUUCGCUUAUUAGAAAAUACCGCGUAUUUUCGCGAAAAUCGAUUCAUUGGUGUAUUAAUCCUUGCAGAAUGUAAGGAUGAAUCUUUCGACAUAUCUGCGAUACGUAAUAAUCGAGUGAGACGCGUGGAAGCUUUAAUUUCUGUGCGAUAUAAUUUUCCUAGUAGAUUAGGGUCAGGAUUAUGGUCGGGAAAGAUACGGAGUCUCUCCGUUGGUACGGAUUAUGAUCAAAAAGAACAAAAGUUUAGAAAUUUGAUGGGCAGCAUAGGACCAUAUUCGAAUCCGGUGUUAGCUUACGAAUUUGAUGCAAGUAUUACAGUACCACAAAAUAUAUCAGUUUUGUGGAUUGAUCCAUAUGGCCGCCUUGCCGAUGUGAAUCAUAUUUUGCUUGAGGAGAUGACUUUGGUAGGACAUCUUAAACCACAGCUGAAUGAACAAUUAGCCAUUGGUACCUGGCGAUUGUUGUUAAUUGUUGAUUCUCAAUUAAUAAUAAAAUUGAAAUUUUUGGUAAUUCCAUUGUCUUAUUGGAGGGCCAAAAAGAUAGAUUCGGAAAGACUCAAGGAAAUAAUAGACGGCCCAAGCACUAUUUAUCACAUUACAGAGGAAAUGAACAAAAGUUGGUCCAAAAUAAUGAAAUCUGCGAUGGCAAAUGAGCAGAUUAAUACGUAUAGUCAAAAUAAAAUCGAUGAAGAUCUCACUGAUUGGUUAGAUAAACUGGUAUAUGAGCAUUACAAAAUCGAUGAAAUAUGUGAUGCCAACGAGAUUGGGACCGAAUUGAAACUACAAAAGUGUGUCGAUACGCAUUGGAGCUCUCUGAGCCCUGAUUUAAAGGCUGAUAUUCGUAAUCUAUGUCAAAACUAUUAAGUAAUUAUUCUAUCAACUACGUGCCAUUUUCGCCGUUUUGAAACUUGUAUGUGUGUAUAAAGAUUACAAAACGUCUUUAGAUAUUUUUAUAUCGACUAAACUAUGUACAUAUAGUUCAUAUUUAUAAGAAAAAAUGUAUAUGUAUAUGUAUA